AUGUACUCUCUGUACCGCGCCUGGCUGAUGCGCGACGCCGUCGUGGCGGCGGCGGCCGCGGCGGCGGCCCAGCCGGCCGACGUCGUCGUCAGCGUGGGCGGCGCGGGGGGCGCCGAGGCGCGACAGUUCGCGGCGCACCGCGCGGUGCUGGCCGCGCACAGCGGCUACCUCAAGGCGCUGCUGGCCACCGCGGGCCCUGCCGUCUGCCUGCCCACCGUCGCCGGAGACGCCUUCGCGCCGCUGCUCGCCUUCAUGUACACCGGCGUGCUCGACCUCAACAGGGACAACAUCUACUCGGUGCUGCUGGCGACGCACUUGCUGCACAUGCCGCGCGCUCUGGACCUGUGCCGCGCCUACCUCCAGCAGCCGCCUCCGCCGCCUCCACCCCCGCCGCCCCUCGUCAAGCCGGUGCCCAGCCGCAAGCUGCCGCUGCUCGGCUUGCCCUACUGGCCGCCGCCGCCCCCACCGCACCACGUCGCUGCGGCCCCCACUGCCGCCUCCGCCGCCGCUGCUGCCCCACAGUGAGUAUCCACACGUUGUUAACUCACUAUUCACACGCAGCUGCUUCCUUCAGUAACGAGCACUGUUGUGGGCGACAGUGCACGGGGAGUCGCCGUUCCGGUGU